CAAACCCUGCCAUAGGGGUUGGAGAGCAGCGGGCCUGCUGCUGUUGCUGACACUGGUCACUGCAGGGGCCAUGGCUGGUGGACUUCUUGGCUUCAAGUACAGCCCUCCCAAGCCUUUGCUGCAGAUGCUCCGAAAGACCUCAAGCUCCAGGGUACCCUGGCCCAACCAAACCACUCUAGUGGACGUGGCCCAGAACAUGGCAACUAUCGUGGUGACUCCGCUUCAGAGCAACCACAGCUGGGCUGUGCUGUUUGACGGGCAAAGUGUGAGUAAGCUUGGGAGGGGGGUAGAGUGGAGGUAUGGGGUGGCCUCGACUUACCUGUCUGCCUCCCCAGGGCUGCAUCUGUUACCGCCCUGCAGAGCACCAGGCCUGCUUCCUCCGUCUGAUGGAAGCCCAAGAUCGGGAGACCCUAAGGCUGCUGGUGAACACUUCCAGGGUGAGCAGUACUACUUGGCUGGCCACCCCCUUCAAGUCCCCUCCCCAAGGCCAGGGGACAAACAAAAGGUCCUCUGUGCAGCCUGGCUGGGCCAGCCAAGGCUCUGGUUUCAGGGGAACAGAAAGCUCUAUCUUCCCCUGACUGAGGCUGUUGACAAGAGCAGGUGGAAGGGCCAUCAGGCUGGGGUGGAACACGAAUGCCCUACCCAGCCAGGAUCAAGAAAGUAUUAUAUGAUGGCCCACCAGAGUCUUUCUGCAGGCCCAGGAGUCCCAUGAACCUGGCCAAGAGACCCACUAUGCCCAGGAGCUGCUGGCAGUUUUGGGGGGCCAUACUGUGGACCCGGCCCAAGUGGGAGCUUCGGUGCAACACCUUUGUGCCGACACUCCCAUCUACUGGGCCCAGCGAGCAGAGGGUGAGUUGGGGAAGGGUUGAGUGAACAGGCCUAUGGCUCCUGCAGGACAGUACUGGGUCGGAGCCCUUGGGACUCAUGAGUUCCCUUUUCCCCAGGGCCCCAGAGACAGCGGCUGAUCUACCUCUGCAUUGACAUCUGCUUCCCGAGCAACAUCUGUGUGUCUGUCUGCUUUUAUUACCUUCCAGACUAAGCCCCCUACCAAGCCCUCCCGGCUUUUGGUCCCACAGGCCAAUCCUGUCCCCACAGGUCAGCAAGCUGGUCAGGUCACCACCACCAAUGAACGGAAGCUGACAGUAAGGACAAAUAAACCCAGAUUACCUGGC